ACACAUGACGCCUAAGUAAAAAAAUCAUGGCACUAGGAAGUUCAAUUUUUUUUUUUUCAAGAUCACAGUAAAUUUCGUACACGUGUAGUCCGAGGACACCUCGUGUGGAGUUAUUGGACCUGCACAGACCGGUGCUAAAACGCAUUUAACUCGUCCUAAAAUGUCUGAGGAGGUUCCAAAUGAGGGGGAUCCAGGCCAGUCAACCCAGCCUGGUUCCCAGCCUGAGUCCUCUCAGACCCAGUCCCCGUCCCAGGCACAGUCCACUCUGUCUCCGUCCCAAGUCAAGUCCCAGUCUCAGACUGGCUCUAGUUCUUCGAGCGGGCCGACCUCGGCCAGCCAGUCCUCCAGCGGCUCUGGGACUCUGAGCAGCAUGGACACCAUUCCUGUCACCUUGGCGUCUGUACCAGAGGAACCGGAACCACAACCGUGGGGCCGCCUGCUGCCGAUGGUUCGAGGUUUCAGGAGCCUUGACUGUAUCGAUGAUCAGUACCUGUUUGGACGAGGUAUAAAAUCUAACUAUGUGCUGGAUGAUCCCGACGAGCCAGGAUCCACCAGAUCCAAAAUUUACAGUAAGAGACACUUCAGGAUCUACAGAGAUGGUAAUGAGGUUUUCGUGGACGACUACAGUAACAACGGGACUUUCGUUGAUGGAAUACUGAUAGGUAAAGACAAGAAGCUUCCUUUGGUUAACAACGCGGUCCUUGCUUUGGCCGAACAACGUAACAAAGUCUUUGUCUUCAUCGAUCUGAUGUCUGAUGAUCAGUCCAAUUUACCCAAAGAGCUUCAGGAGAAAUAUCUCCUGACUCGACGCAUUGGAACAGGGGUGUGUGGGGAAGUCAAACUGGCCUUUGAGAGAGGCAGCUGCAAAAAGUUUGCAGUAAAAGUCAUCAACAAGAGCAACUUCAAGUCUGAAGGGACAGCAACACGCAAUGCACAGACGGAGAUUGAGAUUCUUCAGCGAAUCAACCAUCCUUGUCUGAUGAAGACGGAGGACUUCUACCAGACAGAGGACAGUUACUACAUCGUGUUGGAGCUGAUGGAGGGAGGGGAACUCUUCCAAAGAGUCAAGUGUCAACAACAACUCAAAGAGCCAGUGGCCAAACUUUACUUUUACCAGAUGCUGUGUGCGGUCCAGUACCUCCACAGUAAUGGCAUCAUCCACAGGGACCUCAAACCAGAGAACAUCCUGCUGUCCUCACAGGAAGACAAGUGUCUCAUUAAGGUGACAGACUUCAACCAGUCCAGGAUCCUGGAGCAGGCUGUGCUGAUGAGGACACUGUGUGGGACUCCGUCUUACCUCGCCCCUGAAGUUUUCACCCAUGCGUCCACCACCGGAUACAGCCUCGCUGUGGACGCCUGGAGCCUCGGAGUCCUCCUCUUUGUCUGUCUGGGUGGUUACCCUCCGUUCCACGAGGACUUUGGUCGCUCAGUCACAGAUCAAAUCAUCCAGGGAGAAUUUGUGAUGAAGCCGUCUAGAUGGAAACAUGUCUCCGCCCAAGCCAAAGAUGUGGUGAGGAAGCUUCUGGUUGUUGAUCCCAGUAAGAGGAUGACCAUAGAUGAAGCUCUGCAGCACCCGUGGUUACAAGAUAAUGAGAUGGUGGAGACGGCACAAAGACUCAUGUACCCAGACGGGGAUGCUCCUCCUCCUCCCGCUGCUGAUCCUCCCACCACUUCCACCGCCACUGCUGCAUCUCCAAUGGAGAUGGAGUCAGAGACAGCGCCCUCUGGGAGAAAACGAGGACGGGAUGACGAAGAUGAGGAUGGACAUCGUCCGGCCAAACGGAGUCAAAUGCAGCCUCGAGCCCCAAUGUAGGGCAGGGUGGGGGAGGGGAGGGGGGGCGCGCGGAUAUUUAUCAGGUUAUGUGACUCUGCUCUGUGUUCACUGCUGACAGACUCCACUGUAAAUAAUGUUGAUAGAGCUUUCUAAUAAAGAUAUUUUUGAUUUUUGAUUGUGGUCUAGUUGUGUGGUCCUCGUGUUUAGGUCUCACUUCACGGGUUUUAUAAGAGCACCUAGUCGGUUUUUAUGGCCCAACAUUUCCUUAAGUUUGUUUAAAUGUAUUUUAAGUUACAGUAUUCCACAAUUCUGAGGUUUUGCAGAGUCACCUCAUUGUGCUGAUAAUCAAGUUACUGUACUGGUGAAGGUCAUUUAUCAAAGGAACAAACUAAAUUAUAAAACUGUUCUUUUAUCAUGUUUGUGUGGAUAUUAAAGUUUAUUUGUUGUUAAACUAAAA